AAGCUAGUAAUAAGAAGUCAGUCAAACUCAAGCGCAGAUUUGCGCAGUCAUUUAAUAUCAUUCGCGUAAGUCAAGAGAAGGUUAUAAACUAUGAAUAUUUUGUAUCAUAUAGGAUUAUUUGCUAUUCUCUCCCGGUUUUGUGAUGCAAGUAAAUUUAACAUAAGCCUAUCGAAUCUAGCAACAUGUGAGGAGUAUAACAUAAAAUCUAAAGGAUACACAUACGCAGAUUUCUUUCAAGUUAACUCGUUGAAAAAUGCUAGGACAAAUGAUAACCAGCGACUACAUUUGAAAUUUUAUGUAAUGACUUCAAUGGAUGCUCACAUAUUGCUCUCAGAAACUGACAAUCCCAGAAAAUCUGACCGUGUUUAUGAAAUUGUUCUCGGUGCUGGUGGAAAUACGUUUUCCGCUAUACGUUCGAUGAUGUCUCGAGAUCGUGUAUCAACCAUUUUGGCUGACGACCUCUUAUCAGUUUUUGAUCCAAUGCCAGUUGAAAUAAUUCAAACAAAUGAUGGUGUGUUACUUGUUAAUAUACCCGGAUUUGCAGAACCUCACUUAAAAUAUUCAGAUGACAGCCCGUUAAAUAUUCGGUUUUUGAGCUUUAGUUCUUAUGGUUCUAUUUCAGCAAAAUGGUUUUAUGACUGCCAGUUCGAUGGAUUUUUUGGAGAGAUGGAAAUGGAAAACAGACCAAUGUCUAACGAGGAGCGGCUAAGGGCAGAUGUUCUCAACAUGAGUGAAGCAGAUAUUCCCCCACCCAAUGUUACAGAAAUUGCUUUUACCUUUAAGGUCCGUUCAGUUGAAUUUGAUCAGCGAUCAUGUAUUUUGAGUACCAGGCUUCAUUUGAUAAUGAACUGGACUGACAGUAGAAUAAGUUGGGAUCCAGAGUCAUACGGAGGUUUAAAAUUCAUAGUACAGCCGUUGUUUGGUAUUUGGCAUCCAGUAUUGAGCAUUGAAGAUGGAGCUUUAGAUACCUUCAAGAAAUUUCAUCCGUUUUACAGUAUCAAAAUUGAUUUCACUGGAAAUAUAACUAUGUUAGCGCGAAAUGCAGAACUGCACUCAUGGUGCUUUGAUGUGACAAAAGAUUGGCCGAAUGAUGUUACAAACUGUGAUAUUGUGGUUGGAAUUGUAGAUAAUAACAUUAAACUUGUCUACGACAUAUUGUCUCCGCUUACAGAAACAGUUAACGAAUUGUCGGAAUGGGCAGUUGAACAAAUUUCCGUUAUUUAUGCUACAUAUGAAAGAAGGGCUCAUGAAACAGAAAGCAACAAGUCAACAGUGAGAGCAUAUUUGGAGUCUAUUGAAGGUGACUUGAAGAUUAAAAUGACUAUCAGCAGAAACAGUAGAUUCUACCACUCUAUUUUCACAACACCAGCUUUAGUCGCUGAGUUGCUCAUACUGCUAGCGUUUUGUUUGGAAAGGGCUAGAAGAGGAGGAUUGAUUUUGGUUGCUUUAAUUGUUGUUUCACUUGGUUUAAUGUUUAUUGCAAGACAUGCACCAGCAAUUACAGUUCCUGACAUAGUCCUUGUUUAUGAAAUUCUUAUGGGAACAUCAACUGCAAACUUCAUUUUGCAUACUAUUACAAUUUGGUUUGAUUUAUACCCACCUAAGAGCAAGCCCAAUGAUUUUUUAUUAAAAGUUAUCAACUCGGGAGCACUUAGAUUUGUUCUUGCCAUGAAGUUUGAAGAUUCUGCUGCAUAUAUUGAUGCUCAAGAAUAUCCAUGGAAUCAACUUAUACAAAUUCUUAACCGAUUGUCUUUUAUUGUUUUAUUUGUUUUGUUUAUUUCUAUGAAUUGUAUGAUAUAAAACCAAAUAAAUAUUUCUAAUCUAGAAAGAACUUUGCCGAAAUCAAGUUCAAUAAACUUUGUCUUUAUAAAUUACGCUACAGGCUUGUCAGGUUGGGGGUUGGGAAAAAGAGUACGAAAAAAGUGGGUCCUGCCAUUCUGUACACUUCAUAUGAACUGCUCGUACUACGCGGCUUGCUCUCAAAAACGGCUCUAACGAUUUUAACCUUUUAUAUCAAAAGAACGUAUAUUUUAAAAUUAAUAACAUGUACGCUAGGGUAGACCAAAAAAAUCAUUUUUUCAUUAUUUUGAUUUGCUCUACCGAUAACUUGUUUUCUCGACACAAAAUAAUGCUACCCUAUUUUUUUCAGAAUUUUUCGAUGAUGGUUAGGGGUUGCGCGCACCCCUUUAUUAAAUAAAUAAGCUCUUUUAGUUUUUAAUUUUUUUUAAAGCUUAAAUAAUUUUUUAAUCGAAAAGCUGUUUGAGUAAAAAGUAUUGAGUAUCAAUAGAUCUACUUACUUCAAUUUUUCUUUUUUCAAAAAAAAAAUAUUUUUGACUGAUUCCCAGGCGUUAGAAGUCGAAAUUACUGAUAAAUGCUGGGAAAAAAGCCUUAAAACUAUGUUUUACUGUUUUUCAUAACGGUUCAAAUUAUUUUUAUCGUAUUCCUCAUCGAAU